AUGAUGUUAUUACAGACUAUAUCGACGCUCUCCCUCCUCGUUGCCUCAGCCAUUGCUGCACCGCAAAAAGCCCCUGCAACAUUCGACGUCAUGGCUCUUCGGUCUGCCAGCCCUAUCCACUUUGCGGAAGUCAGUGCCGCAAAGGGCGGUCUGUUUCUCAACCUGCCUCAUCCGAAUGCCACGUGCGAGGGCAAGUCCAGCGGCCACGCGACCUUUUACAUUGAAGGCGCGGAGCUGGUCUUGUACUCUUGCAAGGGGGAGAAGCAAAAGGUCUUUGUAGAUCGAUCUGGCAUGGGGCAGGGCGUCGUACGCUACAUUACAGGGGAGCAAGCCCUCCCACGAUAUGCCGAGCUGAAGGGCUGGGCCACCGAUAAGAACAAAAACUUGAAUUUCAAGGGUGAGGGCUUCGUGGCUUGCCCGCACAGCAUCGACGGCUCGUGGAGCCUCUGGCUGGAUCAGGGACUGGGCCAGCCCGGCGGCAACAAGGGUUGCUUGGGGUUUACGGCACGCGAGUUGGAGAAUAAAAAGCCGGUGGGCUGCAGGUAUACGCAAUAA